AUAAAACAUAAAAUAAUUAAUAAAAUUAAUUAGUCAAGAAGAAGAGGAGUGUGCUGUUGAAGAUGGCAGAAUAUAAUUGACAAGCUUCAUGAAUAAUGAAUGAGAGACAACUCGGUGAUCGUGAUCCCGAGGUCAUGAUAAAGAAGUGGCAUCACACCUCAAUCGAUAAAAUGAAGUGGCUGCUAGUGGCAUGACAUCGCAAUCUAGUAAAUAUCUAACAUACAUGUGGAAAAUGAAUAAAAUAAAUACUGCUGGACUCAAACAUGGGCCAUUCAGAAUAGGAGCCCAGAUCCUUGCUCAUAGAGAUACCCAGCAACUACUAAUCAGUACCACCUAACUAAUACCCAG